GACGACCGCGUCUCUUUCUUAGUCGUCGGCGACUGGGGGCGACGCGGCGGCGUCGAGCAACGAGCGGUCGCGCGCGCGAUGGGCGAGUGCGCGGUCGUCUCGAGACCGGACUUCGUGGUCAGCGUCGGGGAUAACUUCUACGAGGGCGGAUUGCACUCGACGGACGACGUCGAGUUCGCGGAGUCGUUCGCGAACGUCUACGACGCGGCGUCGUUACAGGUGCCGUGGCACGCGAUCCUCGGCAAUCACGACUACGGCGACUGCGGCCUCGACCGCGCGCUCCGCGAUCGCGACUGGCGCUGGCACGCCGAACGAAGCUUCGAGAUGCGCCCGGUCGGGGACGUCCACCUGUUCUUCGUGGACACGUCGCCUCUCGUGCGCGCGUACCGAAACGCGACGUGGGCGAGCGUUCCCGGAGGUCUCGCGGACGCGUCGACGCCGUCCGCGGCGGACGUCGCGUCGAACCUCGCGCGCGACCUCGCGGCGUCCAACGCGCGGUGGAAGCUCGUGUUCGGACAUCACCCGAUGCGGUCGAACGGGUUUUGGCGCGACGAGACGGCGGACGUCCGCGACGCGUUGGAGACGACGUUGGUCGACGGCGACGUCGCGGCGUACUUCAACGGCCACGACCACGACUUGCAGCACACGCGCGCGGAGCUCGUCAAGAGCGGCGGUGGCGGCGAAGUUCGCGCCCUGCACCACUACACGUCCGGCGCCGGUUCGAAGACGGGGCGCGGGUUCGGCGUCAACGAGACGCUGUUCGAGCGCGACGACCCGGGGUUCGUCUCCGUGCACGUCUCGAGCGAGAGAAUCCGCGUGCAGUUCUGGGGG